AUGUACCGUACAGUAGCUAUAGAGAUUCGAGAGUGCGAAAACCCUUCUUUGAACAACUUAGAGAUAGCUGAGAUUGAGCACGUUACUGAGUUCAGCAAAUCCUCAGUUGAAAACGAGUUCAUUACAAUCAGGACCCUUCUCGUAGACCAGCGAGAGGAUGCUACGAACGAGAGGCUUCCCGAGCUACACUCCCGAACCAGAAAUAUAUGGAAAAAUACAGGAUGGACUGGGAAAAAACAAGCUAAGAGAGGAACUAAAAAGGAAAUCUCGGGGGUGGAUGCGUUGCCUCCCGGAGGCCAGACGGUAACAGACAGUGAGGCUCAAGCUUCUGCCUCACACUCUUCCUGUUCAAUUGAGGCUGUUUACAACGAUAUGCCUCAGGGGAUGAUGGAUGAGGAGGUUCUGGCGGAGAAAGAAGCUAUCCCGAGAUCACGCCGUCCUCAUUCUCACACGCCCCAGCUUUCCACAAGAGAGCAACCACGAAAACAGGCCAAGGAUAAGCAGCAUGCUAGCUUGCCUGAUUCAUCAAAGAAGAUGGAUGCCUUAGCUAUCAACGCUAUUGCUUCUUACAAUAUAUACGAACCAAUUCUCAAGUUCAUAUGCUUAUCAGCACUAAAAGUAUAG